AUGGCGAUCGCUGCUAUCAAAUCUACCACGGAGAGAACGCCCGUACCGGCUUCGUCGGCUUCCUCCACCAACGACUCUACCUCUUCCCGUUGCAACUUCUCAUCUCACCGUCGUUCUCAGAGUCUCAACCGAUUCUCCCGUCGAAAUCCCGCUCGGGAUACCUGCAACGGCCUUGACGAGUCUCUUGGACCUAGAGGUAGGUUUGUCAACACUGCCAGUGGCUCUGGGUUUCCUAGUGAUCUUGCUGUUGCAUUCUUCGAAUCCUGUGAUCGAGGUCGCUCGACUCCGAGACGCGAUAAGGUUAGUCCUGCUAGUGCAACACCUGCAUCGCAGAGGCGAGGGAGGUCCGCUUCAAGCAGAAGAACGGGGGUAGCUAAUGACGGAAAUGCCAACGCUUGUGAAAGUUCUGGUGGGAAGAGACUAGUGUCGGACGCUAAUCCGAGAAGGAGGAGAUCAGUUUCAAUGGUGCGGUGCCAGAUUAGUGAUUCUGAGAGUGAUAUGGACCAUUUUCACAGUGCUAAGGGUCACCUGAAUGCCAUGAAUAGUGAUAUUGGGUGUAAGCUGCUACAUAAGCCAAUCGAUUCAGGUCAAAAGUCAGUGCUGAGAAAGUCCCUCAACCAGAAGGAUUUGAGCUCAUGCGAUGGCUACUCCAAUUAUGACAUUUCUAUCUUCUCUUUGAGAAAUAGACAGUCAGAGAAGUGUAAACAAGUUUUAUUAGCUAAAAUAACAUCAGAGGAGAAGCGAUGUAGAGAACUUUCUGAAGUCAUUAAAGAAUUGCUUCUUGAUUCAAAGAGCAUGGCUAUACAAAAACCAUCAAGAACUAGGAAGGUGCACUAG